AUGACCAUGAGGAGUGGGAAUACCGAUGCAGUCAACCUUGUUAUCGCUCUUGCUCACCUAGUCAACCUCAUUAUUGCUCUUGCUCACCUGGUCAAUGUUGUUAUCACUCUUGCUCUUGCUCUCCUGGCUGUUGUCAUUCCCACCAUUCUUGCUCUCCAUCUUCUGGUCAUUACCAUCGUCCUCGGUCUUCUAGUCAAUACCAUCGUCCUUGCUCUCAUUCUCCUGGUCAUUAUUGCUGCCCUCGCUCGCCUCAGUGUUCUCGCCACUCCCCCUCUCAAAGCAGUCAUGAAUGCUCACCUGGAUUGUACCUCCCGGCAUGCUGCCAAUAAGCAGGAUGACUUUGGUGCUACCCAUGCUCAUAACAUCAUCAAGAUGGAGCACAUGGCGCCCAUCCUGUUGCAGACCCCCCCUACCUUGGACCAUCUGCUGCUUUUGGCAGAUAUCGACCUGGGACCUCCACCACAAUAUGCCGAAGAAGAACAGGCUGUGGUUGAAGAUGUCAAAAUGGGGAAUGCCAAGGAUGAAGACAAUGACACAUAUGAGCGCAGGUAUUCAACACCACCACCCACUGUCCCAGUGGUCAAGCAAGGUUGGAGCAAACUCUCUGAUUAUGUUGAUCCUCCUUUGCCUUGUCAAGUGCCAAUGUCUGAGCCACCAGUGCCCAUGCAAAUGCCUGCUCCUGAGACCUUCUCCCCCCCAGCUCCUGUUGUAGAAUUGUCUGUCGCUAAUCAGGCUGCAGCAUCCUUGGAGUUUGAGAAGGGAACAGCCCAGCAGUUGGGCAGGGGAGACUUAUGGCAUCCCCAGCUUCCCUACUCCAUGGGACGUCAAAAGCCAUUGCCCAACAACAAGAUCUGGAUCACAAAAGUGUUCCAGAUUGAGAUUGAGAAGUCGGACAUUGCCAUUCUGGCCAAAUGCUACCAGUGGCUGAACAGAUUCCUGUUGUCCCAGCUAUGUCAACUGUUUGCUGCUUGGUGGCCAAACCAAAACUGCUAUAAUGACUUGCAUUCCAAGCCAGAUGAAGAGAUGUAUGUGUUUAGUUCACAACUGGGACCUCAGCUUCAGCAGGCGGAGAAGGCUUAUGCAAAGGGGGAAGCAUAUGCCAUCAAUAACUGGGGCAUGAAGUGGGUGGCAAACUGGGUCAGUAGUGCAGUGUCCGAGUACAUGACAGCUCAAGUGAGGAUGCAAUGGUUGUUCCCAAUGCAUAUCAACAACAACCACUGGAUCCUUAUUCAUGUUGACUGGCUUCGCAAGUUCAUCACCAUGUACAAUUUGUUGAGGAUGGCCAGCUGGUGCGAUCAUAUUGUGAGCACACAAUGUGUGGUGGAGCGAAUCUGGGAGGUUGCUGUGGAGAAAAGCAAGCCAUUCCCUGGUUGGGAAGGAUGGAAAGGGCAUCAUGCCGAGGUUCUGUUGCAGACCAAUGGAAGUGAUUGCAGUCUGUUCAUUGCUGCACACACAUUUGCAAUUGCCCAAGGCUACACCCAUUCAACCAUGAUAAUGGCUGACAUGGUGAAAUGGCACAAAUGGCUGCUGCAGCAUUUGGAGUCUUUGCCAGAUGCCCCGGCACUUAAAAAGCUGAGGGGAAGGUCACUGCUCCUCUCUUAA